AUGGCGUCCCUCAGACCUGGUUUGAGAACCCCUCAGGGACAAAGUGACCGGACAAGAUUACCGCGGGGAACAGAGAACGGCCUCGCUCCGCAGGACGCCUCCCGGACUCGCCCAUCACUACACCAUGACCAAGGCAACUCCCGCAGACUCGCAUCAACCGGAUCGUCUACGAUUCCGUAUUUAUCAUCACUGCCCACCGCCCGUCCGAACCUCGCCAGCAGAACUCCUCAAACGAAUGCCGGACCACCAGCAGCCGCUUCAGCACCACGACGGCCCUCGAACCCACGACAAAAGAGUCAGUCGCGCCCACCGUUGACACACCAGUCCCAGUCAUGGGGCACAUCGAUGGUUACCCCGAGCUCGAGCAGGUCUAUCCCAAACGCUGUACAGUCGUCAACCUCGGAGCCACAGUCCCAGCGGAAUGCACCUAGUAGCUCGGCACAGACACCUUCUAUAAAUUUGUCCAGCGCUCGCUCACGCAACGACUCAACAGGCACGAGCUCCUCGUCUUCGACAGCAUGGUCACAGACACCGCUUGACCUGGACCGUGGCUUGACAGAAAGCCCAGCUGAGAUCCGUGUGGCCCAGAAAGGAGAGGUGACCAGCGCCCACUCAGUCACCAUUUACCCGGAGCUGGAUCGUUACCGUGAUGUUGACAUUUCGCCGUCCACGUCUGAUAAGUAUGGCUCAAAACACCCCGACAUCUUGUUCCGGCUGGCCACAGAAGGGUUUCCUCCGCCACCAACAGCCUACUUCUCGGGUACGAGCAGUUUAACAAGCGGUAUGAGCGGAAGCCCUUCGACGCGCUUUUCCGAGUCGCCAGGGCCGGGCCCCUACAGCCGCGACACAACGCCCACGUCGAUCUCAUCUCAUUCCCCGGGUUUGAUGUCUUCGGUGCGCAUGCCAACUGCGCCACGGUCGCGGCAACCAGCUCGGGGGUGGACAGGAAGUUUUAGCAAGGAAGUACCGAAUGGAAACGGGACGAAUGCAUCUACUACUCCCACUCAGACUCUUGCUGCCAUUCGGGAGUCUCUUAAUUCGUCCUCUUCAUCAUCGAAUGGCACAGUACGUGGAGGCGACAAAAAAGUGAAAGCCAAAAAGAAGAGAAUGUCACCGGUACCACCAAGUCCGCCGCCGCGGAAAUCAUCACAGAAAUUCAAACAGUCUGAUGACGAGAAGGAAAGGAGCUCGCCUAUGAAGCAACGCACACAGCGCACGCAGCAAACUCGACGCUCACCGACGCAGGUAGACCAAACAAGAGGGUCUGCACGCGCAGCCCAACCUCUGACACCACAGAAAACGGCCACUAAAAGCGACGUGCGUGGUUCAUCCGCAAUAGAGGCCCCUAAUCAACGGCAUCGAACAGUCGCAUCGCCUGCACAGUCGACUCGCCAACAACAAACGCCACCAGCUCGCCCUAGCCGAGAUGGUACGCCCGACCUGUCGCAACUUGACUUCUCCGUGCCUGUCAUUCAGAGCAACCUGGACUACGCUCCUUCGCCCGAUCCUGUCGGCGACGUCCAUCUACCGGCCUCGGCACCGCCUCCAGCAUCUGCAAAUGUCGCUCACCAACAGCGAUUUUUGUACGACCAGCACCAACAACGACCAGGAUCAUCCUCACAUUCACACCAACCUGUCCGACCUCAAGAUACCACGGUCCGGUCACCUGCCACUCUCCAUCCUGCCGGGUCCUCACAAUCUCAGGCAGUCGAGUUAACCAGAGCUGUUUCAGCCUCCCCUGGCCCUACCAUGUCUUCACAGUCGUCACGGGCAGAUUCACGUCAGGGUCGAGUACAAGCGCAAGCAGACGUGCCGGGUCAUACUACUAAAGAGCCUGGUGCCAGGCUGACCCGCACUCCUAGCCCAAACGUCUCGACGUUCCGUACAAGGUUUCCACUGUUUGGGCGCCGAACCAAGACGGCCCCGCCGGUUGAGAGUAGUGCAUCCGCUGCUGCUUCUGACAAGAACGAGGGCGGAACCACGCGAAAGGGUCCUGCAGCUGGCACGGGGCACGAGGGUUAUGGUAGACUGGGAUCCGGCCGCCGCAGAAGCAGCAGUGUCAGUACCUUUCUCCGUGGCACCGGGUCGUCUCAGGAAAGUCUUGCGACCAGUCCCCAGUUUCAGGACCCCUUCCUCCGCGACCGACUCAGUCCAGUUGUGAUUGCCGGGGGCGAGAUCAUUGAGAACCACAACAUUGGCUCCGAGCUGUCUCAGACCACCAGCAACACAAGCGCAAAUAGCGUGGGUUCAGGCACCGCUCCCGCUCCUCUUCCUACUGGGUAUCGUCGUCCAAGCACCGACUCGCGGGCCGACUCGGUCUCGUCACGCGAAGAUCGUCUGUCUCUCUGGCCUUCGGCCAUACCUCGUGGAUCGCGCCAAAUGUCCCCUUCCCCUUUCGGCUUCCACAACAACUCUCACGGCGGUCGUCGACCUUCUGAUAGCAGCGACUCUGAAGCCGUGAUGAAAUCGACUCUUGCCUUUCGUCGUUCCGUUCAACGCCUACGAUCGCCUGACCGUGCACAGGUCCGUGUGCCACGGCCCAUUGUUGUAAACCAACAAAACGGCCUCGUUCCAUCGUCCAUGACCAGCGCGGACAUGUCCAUCAUGACCGACGACUCUAUAUUGGAGGCCGGGCCCAAUACUGGUGCCAGCACUGGCCGCGGCCGCAAGGGCUCCUCAGGUCCCAACGAGAAGCCGCCGACAGUGACCAAAAAACUCACAAAGCGGGCAAGAUCGCCGCGCAAAUGGAACCUGUUCGGCCGCUCUCAGAGCCAGCCAGCGACUUCCAAAAAGGCUCUUCAGUCAACCUCAACCUUGGCUGUUACCGUGGAGGCCGCUACUGUACCGGCUGAAAAGAAGAAACCAGUUGCGUUCUACGCCAUGAUCGACUCGUCCGAACAGGAAGAUUACGAUAUGGAUGUCGAAGACAUUCUUCGCGAAGCGCGAGCUCUCGGUAACCCUACUAUGUCCGCUCAGUUCGGCAGCCGAGACAGACGUCCAUCCAUUGAGCAGACAGUCUUUGGAACUGGCGGACCGCCCGGGCAGCUGCCGCGGCUCCAGCCUACGCGUGCCCGGGCACCACCCCCUCCGUCACCUGCACUUUCGCAUAGGUCGCAACAUCAGCAAGAACAGCAACAACAUCCUGCCGAGCCUGCAGUAUCAGCACAAGAGCAGCAGCAACAACGCCAGCAACACCGGUCAGAUAACGACCAGUCUCCCGUGAAGUCUCACACAAGAUUGCAGCUUUCUCGAACACCUACUGGCCCUGUCGUCCGAGAAGUGCCUCUUGAAGCAACGCCUCAAGACGCGGGUGAGAAUGCCACGAUAUCCCCACCGCCUGCGCAAUACCAGGGCCGGCCAAGUAGACUUCCACAAGUUGGACGCAUUCCUAAGGUAGUGAGCAUUCGGCCCGAGCAAACGUCGCCAAAAAGCUUCUCACGGCCCUUUAAUCGCGUAAGCAUGCAAGAUCCCUCAUCGCUGGCCCCGCUGCUGAAAAGGUUGGAUACAAACUCCAUCGCCAAGGGUCCUUCCCCACCCAAAUCAAGUACACCCGAUCUCUUACAAGAUGGAUCGACUGCGACGGGAAGCUCCGCAGACCCCGCGACUCUCCGUUUCCGCCAUUCACGAAAUCUAUCCCCAGAUGCAGAGCCCAUCGAUCCAGGAAACGAGUUUUUUAGCCUCUCUGCCCGAAAGGAUUCUCAAACCACGUCUUGCACAAGCAGCUCCGGUCUUCUCAGCUUUGCUGAUGCCACAGCUGUCGUUCCGGAUCCGGGCGCACCGCUCGCCGAAGACGAGAUUUGGGACGAAUACAAUGAUCUUCUUGGAGAGGAGGCAGGCAAGGUACCCCAGUCUGCAACCUCUUCUCAGGGCAUGCCCUUCUAUCUGGAAGUGUCGCCCAUGAAAGAGUUUCUAGCUGCGCCGGGUGCCGUCGUGGGAAAGGCCAAGCGACUUGAUCAACGAAUGGUCGCUCCACUCGAGUCACCUACUAUCGCUGCCAACCUCCGCCCCAAGCGAAGCACUGGCGAUGCUACUGCUACUGCUACUGCCAAAUCAAGCCGACCACCAGUUGCUUCAAGCAUCUACUCUGUCAACAGCCCGACCAGGCUCUUGGACCAAUCGGCCGAUAGUCUAAGAGACUCAACUGUUUCCCAGCCUCCCCCAACGCCUUUCUCGGUCACCGACUUUGUUUCUGGGUAUGGACACCGGAACAAUAGUGGCAUUGCAGCAAAAAAACAGCCAGCUGGUGCCUCGUCGCAGCGAAGCAGCGCCUCCUCUCAAAGGAGCUCCAAGAACAAAACACGGGUCUCGGACAGCAGCGUCUACAGUCAAGUUUCCGAAGACAACUCACCCAUUUCUCAAGUCAACCUCCGAGUAGGUUCUAUGACGGUCAGCAAAUGGCUCACAUUUGGCCACGUGCUUUUCAGUCCUGCCCGCGACGAUAUGGUCAAAGUUGCCAGUCCCCCCAAUGGCCACUCUGUGCUUGUCAUUGACGGACUCGGAAACGACGAUUGGUCGUUUUAUGCCGCCGAGACGUACCCUGCAGCGACGUUUUUCAACCUGUCGCCGCGCGCGCCUCUGCCUGUUGACCAGAAAGCCGGUGCCACUGCCUUCCCCCUGAGUCCGCCCAAUCACCACCAGAUCCAGUACACGUCCCACGCGGACAAGCUGCCUUUUGGCUCAGAGCUCUUCACUACCGUUGUUUUCCGCUUCCCGGCCGCCGGCCCUGAAAGUUAUUACAAGAAUAUUGUCAACGAGGCUCGCCGCGUCUUGAAGCCCGGCGGCUACCUGGAGCUAUCGAUUUUGGAUGUUGAUCUCAACAACAUGGGGCCUCGCACACGACGUGCUAUUCGCCGGCUCAAGGAGCAGGUUCACAGCCACACGCCAGAUAUGCAUCUGGGCUCCGCUGCGGACGCCAUUGUGCGUCUUCUCGGCAAGCGGGGCUUUACGGACAUCAAGUCCUGUCGCGUCGGGAUCCCUGUCGCCAGCGCCAUUCAACGGCCAAAGAGCGACCUAGUGGCUGAUGGCGAUGCAAAGCAUGCGCCGGUCGGUGCGACGGCCAAGCCUCCGAAGGACCAGCGCAGCCUUGCCGAGAUGAUCAAUGACGAAAGCCCCGUUGCCGACGAGAACAUCACGAACACGGUCGCGCGGGUGGGCCGUUGGUGGCACAGCCGGUGCUAUGGCGAUGCUGCUCUUGAAGCUUCACAACGUUCAGCGCCAAACACAACGGGCAGCAGCGACAUGUGGAUGGACCGCGCGCUGUUAGCCGAGUGUGAGGGGUGGGGGACUAACCUCAAGCUCAUGGUGUGCUAUGCCCGCGUACCCGACAUGAAGCGUAUGGCGAGCAUCUAA